AUGGCUCCUAUCCGCGUCAACCGCGUCGAGCACCGCGAGCGAGAGAAGCCAGUGGCCGCAGAUGCUUCAAAGUCAAAAGCCGCAAUCACCGAACAGGCAUCCCACACCACCGCCAUAACCUCGCCAACAACCACAAAAGAACGCACCGCAUCGCCCGAACUCGUGCGCAGCAAACAGCCCCGCGCAAAGGACGUCCAAGUCGUGCGCAGCGAGAGAAAGUGGAAGGGUGCCUGGGAAGACAGCUCCGACGACGAGCACACAGCCAUAAAGCCUGAGCCCCUCGACGACGACACCAACACCUCAAUCACAGCAGCAGCCCUUCCCGAUUCUACUCACCCAGCAAUUAAAGAAUCUGCUUCUCCAGAAUCACGGCGCAAAUCAAAAGGCAAAGGCAUCGCCAGAAAACACGCCUUGCCCACCGAAGCACCAGCCCUGCAAACCGUAGAAGAGAGACGAGAAUGGGAGCGCCAUCACCUCGACCUCGAGAUCCUGCGCCAAGAACUUGGAGAAAUAACUCUACCUUCUUCUACUCCAGGACCCGCAAAAGACACACAAGGCGACACGAAAAUGUCCGACGGCGAUGCCACCACAGCCACAGGAGAAGAAUCAGACCUCACAGAAGGCGCCGACGCAAGUACUUCCCUACCCUCAUCCUCAACAAAUCCACCCCCAGACCGCCGCACCGACCGUGUAUACCUCUUCCAAUUCCCUCCCAUCCUCCCCUCCCUGGUCCCCGCAACCGUAAAACCUGAACCCGUGUCACCAACCUUGUCAAAGAAAAUCCCUGCCUCAACAGCAGCAACAGCAAUCGAUGUAGACGCUUCAGCAGCGCCAAAAGCAAAGGCAAAGCAAGAGGUCCCAGAGUCUGCUGGUCAGAUGCAUUCGCCUUUUCCUUCUGGCUUGGUUGGAAAGCUUCGCGUGCAUGCGAGUGGAAGGACGACUUUGGAUUGGGGCGGUACUUCGCUGCAAGUGGGCAUGGGUACGGACGUGCAGUUCCUGCAAGAUGCCGUCGUUGCAAAGUUCAAUGACAAGAGUGAUGUGGAAGGUGCAAAGGGCAAAGAAGAAGAGCAAGAUGAAGGUGCAUUUGGUGGUGAAGUCAUGGGUUUGGGUCAGGUCAGGGGUAAAUUCGUCGUUACUCCUGACUGGGAAGAGAUUGUUGGUGUGAGAAUCUAG